AUGUUUACCAGAGAAAAAGCAAAGUACAGGGGGAGCUGUGCCUCCUGUCCCUGUGACGCCCCUGUUCCUCUCUCUCCAGCCUCACGGGGGCGCAAGCGCAAGGCGGAGCCCGAGCCCCCGACCGCGCCGAGGGAGGGAGAGGAGCCCAAGAGGGAGAGGCGGGAGGGGGCAGGCCGGAGGGUCGUCAUCGAGCACUGCAAGAGCUGACGAGUGUACGGGCGCCAGGCGGAGGCUGUGCGAGAGGCCAUCGCCGGACAGCACCCCGACGUCGCCGUGGAGCUGAACCCCGAGAAGCCCCGGCGGAACAGCUUCGAGGUCACCCUCGUAGACGAGAAGGGGGAGAGUGAGUUCCCGCCGUCCGCUCCUCCCUCCCGGUCUCCAGCGGGUCGGCCUGCAGCUCCAGAGUCGCACCGAGCAUGCGUAUCGCAGGGGCUCUGGGGUCCCCUGCCUCUGCUGGGGUGUCAUUCUGCCAGCAGUAAUAGCACUGGAGCUAGGAGGGGAGACUCCUGGGAAAGCUAAGGCUGCUGCUGGAAG